CUGACUUCAGCCAUCUGCCGCAUCUGGUCAGCCAAGCCGUGGCUGACGUUAGCCACCAAGCAUCUCCCCCCAGCUAUUUAAGUCGACGAAGUCAACUGAAUUUAUGGCUCAAAAUUAUCGCAGCAAGAGUUAUCCGCACUCAAACAUAUUUUCCAUCCAAGAUAGAAUAUCUUAAUAGUUCCCGACAACCAGCUGAGAAGAUGGUUGCCAUUUCAGAGGUCCGCGGGCAGCUAGCCAAUGUCAAGAACCUGGGUUCGGGUCUGGUUGCUGUGUUCGUUGGCGGGACCAGUGGAAUUGGCCUCUCGACCGCGCAAGAAUUCACCCGUUAUGCGACAGCUCCCCACAUCUACCUGAUUGGGCGCAACGAAGCCCAAGCAUCGGAGAUCAUCUCAGAACUACGUACCGUCAACCAAUCCGCAACAGUAGACUUCAUCAAAAGCGAUAUCUCUCUCCUCAAGAAUGUCGACACCACAUGUCGCGAAAUCGCUCAAAAGGAGUCCAAAGUCAACCUCCUCUUCCUGAGUCCAGGGAUCUUGACCACGCAGGGAAGGACUGAAACAAGCGAAGGAAUCGACCGCAAACUCAGCCUUCACUACUACGCCCGAAUGCGCUUCGCCGAGAAUCUUCUUCCACUACUAAACCAAGCCGCCUCAUCGGGCAGCCUAGCCCGAGUAGUCUCCGUCAUGAGCCCGGGAAACGAGGGCAAACUCGUUGAAGAUGAUCUCGACCUCCGGAACAAUUACACCCUCCCGAAUGCAGCUGCUCAUGCCUGCACCAUGACAUCUCUCUACAUGGCCCAACUGGCGGCGGCACAUCCCAACAUCAGUUGGGUUCAUAGCCGUCCUGGUGCGGUGAACACGAAUAUCAUGCGUGAUUUUAACCCGCUUUUGCGGGGACUGACUCAGGCCCUUUUUGCGUUGACGCCUGUUUGCUCGUCCAUUGGGCUUCUUUCUGUCAAGGAGUCCGGAGAAAGGCAUGUAUAUGCGGCUACGAGUCCGCUGUUCGCGCCCCGGGUGAAAGGGGGGGCCACGGUUGGGGCUGAUGGUGCGAAGGGCAGUGGUGCGUAUCGGGUGGAUUAUGAUAGUUCUAUUGUCAAGGCUAAGGCUGAGUUGGUUGAGAGGUAUCUGGGUAGUGGGGUGGGCAAGAAAGUGUGGGAGCAUACCAGGGCUAUGUAUGCGAAAGCCACCGGGAAUUAGUGAUAUGGCGCAUAUGUACUAUAUGAGAUCAUGUAAUAGGUAAUUAAUUCAUUUUGUCGAUA